GCGGCGGGCUCGGGGGCGCCUGGGCCGCGCUCCCUGCGGCAGCUGCCGGCGACCGGCGGGCCAUGGAGGGGAAGCGCCUCAGCCUCGGCGUCCUCGGCGUCCUCGGCCUCCUGCUCCUGGCCGCCGCGGCCGGGGGUGCGGAGCCGCCGCCCAGCUGCGAGGGCGUCCGGAAAGUUUUCCAGCUGCGGCAGCUCGGCCCCCUCAGAGGCAUCCCGGAGUCCCCGCGGGCAGGAGCUGAUCUCCAGGUUUGUACUUCUAAAAAUGCAACAUGCUGUACCAAAAAGAUGGAAGAAAGGUAUCAGACUGCAGCAAGGCAAGAUAUUCAGCAAGUGCUUCAAACAUCAAGUGCUCCGUUAAAAUUUUUAAUAUCUCGUAAUGCAGCUGCUUUUCAAGAAACCUUUGAAAUGCUUAUCAGACUGGCUGAGAAUUACACAAGCACACUUUUCUGCAAUGCAUAUAGAAACAUGGCUGCUGAGGCUACUACACGUGUUCAGGAGUUUUUCACAGAUGUUGGACUCUUCAUAUUUGGCACAGACGUUAACACAGAGGAAUUUGUCAACAGAUUUUUUGACACCCUGUUCCCAGUAGUUUACAACCACGUGAUUAACCCUGGUCUGACUGACAUUUCACUGGAAUAUGCGGAGUGCCUCCGAAUGAAGAGGAGAGACAUCAGGCCCUUUGGUAACAUUCCCAGAAAGGCCAUAGGUCAAAUGGGAAGGUCACUGUUACCCAGCCGGACUUUCUUGCAGGCUCUGAAUUUGGGGAUUGAAGUGAUCAAUACAACAGAUCAUCUGCAUUUCUCUAAAGACUGCAGCAGGGCUUUACUGAGAAUGCAGUACUGCCCCCAUUGCCAGGGGCUCACAUUAAGUAGGCCCUGUAUGGGCUACUGCCUCAACAUCAUCCGAGGCUGCUUGGCUAACGUAGCAGAAGUUGAUCUUCACUGGCGGGUAUAUAUUCAGUCCCUGGAGGAGCUCUCAAGUGCCAUGAGUGGAACAUACGACAUUGAGCACGUGCUUCUGAACUUUCAUUUGCUUGUUAAUGAUGCUGUCGUACAGGCUCACAUCAAUGGGCCAGAAUUAUCUGAGCAGGUGAGCAAAGUAUGUGGUCCUCCUGUAAGGAAGCCUAUACAGUCUCCAGGUUGCUCCUUUGAUCAGAACAAAGAUAAUCAAGUAUUGAAGAUGUUCUCAAGAGACAGUGAAGAGACCCUCACCAACAGAAGAAAAGAAUUUAUCAGCCACCUCCGGCUCUACAGAGCCUUUUACGGUGGCCUGGCUGAUCAGCUGUGCGGCAAUGAGUUGGCAGCUGCUGAUGGACUCCCGUGUUGGAAUGGAGAAGAUGUUGUAAGAAGCUAUACUCAUCGUGUCGUUGGCAGUGGAAUCAAAGCUCAGUCUGCAAAUCCAGAAGUAAAAGUGAAGGGAACAGAUCCUGUAAUAAGUCAAAUUAUUGACAAGCUGAAACAUGUUAUUCAGCUGUUGCAGGGCAAAUCAUUUCCUAACUACGAUAAAUGGGAUCUCCGACAAACAGGCAGUGGUGGUGGUAGUAUAGAUGAACAAAUCAGUGGAGACUGUGAUGAUGAAGAUGGUUGUGGAGGAUCAGGAAGUGGAGAAGUCAAGACAGUCCUGAAAAUUACAGACUGGAUGCCAGACAAGACGAACCUCAGUGACGUAAAGCAUAUCCGUCAAACCAAUGAUGGCAGCACUUCAGACACAACUGGAGCAGGAUGUACAACAAAGACUGAUUAUAUGACAUUUGUGCUGAUUAGUCUGGUAACACUAUUUCUCAGUCUUUGGUAACUGUUUAUCUCUGGCUUGAUAUAUGUGUCUCAUUGUCAUCUGUUCAUCCCCACUCACAAGCCUGGAAUAAGGGAUCUGGUGGAUAUAGCAAUAUUUAUGAUAGCUUGUAUAAUAUCAGCCUUUCUGAUCUUAGGCCUGAAUAUUAACGAAGGGUUUUGUGUAAUAUUUUUCCUGUGGUGUUUUUUAACACCUGUAGGGUCACACAAAAUCAUGAAAAUCGGUUUUAUUUUUAUAACAUUUUAUGUUAAAAAUAAGUUGAAUAUUAUAAUCUUUAUCUUAAAAACAAUUUGUGAAAAAGAGAUCACAGAAUUGCCAAUCAUAGAAAGGACCUCUGGAGAUCAUCUAGACCAACCGUGUGCUCAGAGCACACUCAGCUAGGUCAAGCUGACCAAGGCCAGGCCUGGCUGGUAUUUGAAUGUCUCCAAGCAUGGAGUCUCUACAGUUUCUCUGGGCAACUUGUUCUAGUGCUUGAACACUCAUAGCAAAAAAGCUUUUUCUUAUAUUCAAAAUCUAUUGUAUUUCAGUUUGUGCCCAUUGCCUCUUGUCCUGUCAUUGGGCACCACUGGGAAGAGUUUGACUCCAUCUUCUUUAUGCCCUUUACCAUGUAUUUAUACACUUUUAUAAGAUCUCCCCUGCAUCUUCUCUGCUCCAGGACAAACAACCCCACCUGUCUCAGCCUCUCCUCAUAUAAGACUUGUUCCCAUCCCUUAAAAGUCUGCAUGACCCUUUGCAGGACUCUACCCAGUAUGUCCAUGACUCUCUUGUCCUUGGAAGCCCAGAGCUAGAUGCAGCACUGUAGAUAUGGUCUCAUCAGUGCUGAGCAGAGGGGGAUGAUCCCCUCCUUUGACUUGCUGCAAUACUUUUCCUGAUUCAGCCCAGGAGGAUAUUGGUUGUCUUUGCUGCCAGGACACAUUGUUGGUACACGUUCAACUUGUUUUCCAUCAGGACCCCCAGGUCCUUCUCUGCAAAGCUGCUUUCCAGCCAGUAUGCAUCAGCUGGGGUUAUUCUUCCCUAGAUGGAGGACCUGGCAUUUCCCUUUCUUGGACUUCAUGAGGUUCCUAUCAAGCCAUUUCAUUCAGGGUCGCUCUGAAUGUGAGAACAACUCUAUCAUGUAUCAGCCACUCCUCUCAUUUUUGUAUCCUCUGCAAGAACUUGCUUAGAGUGCACUCUGUUGCACCAUCCAGGACAUCAAUGAAGAACUACAACAGUAUUGACCCUUGGAGUAAAGCAGGAGUAACUGGUCUCCUUGUGGACUUUGUGUUGCUAUUUACAACCCCACACGUACCAACUGAUGAAACGGUUGCUCAGCACUUUAUGAGUUUUGUAUUUAAAGUUCUGCCUUCUGGGACAUGAUUCCUGUAAAACAGAAAAUGUUGAAUUUGCGCUUCUGUCUUUCUCCAAAAAAGAAAAAAAUACACAGUGUAAACUCAGCUAAUUUUAGUAGGAAUUACUUUUCAUAGUUCAGAAAACCUACAUAUUAGAUAGUAUGAUGUUAAUGCAGAUAUGUAUAUAACUUCAUUUUAUCUAGAAAUAAUAGCAAGGUUAGGAUUCAAUGUUGGAUUAAGGUAUCUUAAUCUAUAUGUCUACAUACAGAUAUUUACGUAUGUGGUAUUAUAUACGUACUCUAUAUCUCUAAACUGUCAGUGGAAAUACAGUGUAGCAUUCAACUGCUAAAAUACCAGCAACAAGUGCCAGUUAAGAUGCUGUAAAAAAAUCCACCUGGUGUCUAGUUACUGCUCUGAAGGGCCUCAGCUCUUUCUGUGGGCAAUUGACCAGAGGCCUUUGUCACACAGUCAAUAAAACCCAGUGCAUUAUUCAGCUCAUAUGAAGUCAAACUCCUGAGAAAGCAACUUGGUUGCUCGAAAGUAGGUGUCUGGUGCCACCUAAGAUUUCUUGGAGUAUGCAAGACAUCCUCAUGGGACAAGCAUAUAUGAAGCAUGACUUAUGGGAAGUUCCAGAGGCUUCCUUAAAUGGGAACUGUCUGGAGUGGCAGCUGGUAUCUAACUGGGAUAUCCUUGUAUAUCUCACAUACACCUAGUCAUGGAUAGGUGGGCCCAUGAAUCGUAUGCCAAGUCCCCAAGUUGAAGCAGUGACACAUGAAUGCCAAUGUGAAUCGCAACAUGAAUCCCAGCUCUUAUGCUUUGUAAGCUGAAGCAAGCUAAAGUGUUCCACAGUACUAAUGGUACAUUAUAUAUUACGUUUAUAAUAUUUUAUCAUCCUGCUAUCACUAAUUCCCAUAUUUUUUUAACCAGAAAGUAUUUCAGACUAUUUUGUAGUGAUUUCUCUUUUACAACCCUAUACAAGAGAAAAAAAUAAAUAGUACAGUAUUGUAUGCACUCAUAUUAUACAUCAAACUCUUCCCAGACUGUAAAAAAGGUAAUUUUAUAUGAGGCUAAUAUAAAGAAACAUGUAACUGUUUUUAUUCCCAAAUGCAUGCAUUAGUCAUUAACACACACAGUAUAACAUACAGGUAAAGAGAUACAAUAUUUAGAAAAGCAAGUGAACGUUCCUAAGAGCAAUUUCACGGGCAGAUAAACACCAUGAAUAAGCAUGUGUGCCAGUGUGUACAUUUUACUUGACCCCUUUUUUCUUUUUCAGGUUUUGUAAACCAGUCUUUCAAAUUCACUUGUCAUCUCGUCUCAGCAUACGCUGGAAUUACCACAUCAGUAAUCCAGGGAAAGAUAGUCUGAUUUCAUUCUUUUCCUUUUUCAUGCUAGUUGAAACCAAUAAUUAAUCUAGUCCAGCAGUAUUUUUUUUAAUGACCAGUAUCAGUCACUUAAAGGAAAAUACAAAAAAAAAAAAAAAAAAAAAAAGCUUUGAACAGGAGAUACAUAAAUGGAGAAAAAAUUCUAUCGAUACUUAUUACUUAGAAAUUUAUUUCUAUCUUGAAGCACUUUGUUUCCACUCCUCACGUUCAUGUGUUGUUCAAGACCUUACUGAUGGUGCCAGGUAGUCAAAGAGGUAACAGUUUUUUCUAUAGCACUUUGGAAACACAAGCCAAAUUUUCAAAUAAUGACAGUAAUUAGGUCUUAAGGCCACUUCACAUAUAUGUUAAUUACUAGCCUGUGUUAUUACUCAGUUUUUUUCAUGGCCUGUUCCAUUCAUCUUCUACACUGCACCUGCAUUAGGAAAACAAUUUCGAAGAUUCCUUCUGGAGUGGAAAAUUAGGUGUCUCUUUCCCAGACACAUAUGAACAAACUAGCAACAACAUGAAUAUAAUAGUGGCAGGUUUGGAGAUCCCUCACUGUCCCCUUGGCCAUGAGACCUCAUUCACCCUCCUGUCCCAUCUCUCUCUAGGCACCACCACACACUUCAUAUCAUUGCUUAGAUGCAUGCAUCUGCCAGGCUGCAUCACAGUUCUUUCAUCACAUCUACCACACUAUAAAGAAAUCUUGUUUCUUAAAAAAAAUAAUUUAAAAAAUCAUUAAAAUGGAUCAAAGAAAAGGGAAGGAAGGCGAGGAUGUUUGGCAAUCUGUGUCAAGGUUACCUUGCAAGGGAAGGAGCCUUGCAAGAAACUCUGGGAACACGGCAGGGUGUUGAAGUGUACUCCAAAUUUGGCAACUGAGGGAAAAAAAGCCUGACAUUUUGCCUGUGUUAUUUUGCUUUCUUUUAAAUAAAAUAUUGAUGUGUUAAAGCUGAUAAAGUUUAAAGUAGGAAUGCUUUACUUGACGUGUACCAUUUUUUCAGAAAGCCACUCAUUCAAAUACUGUUUAUACUAAAAUUGCAAUGGAUAUCACUAUUGAAGUUGUGUAACUGGUCUCAGUACAAUUAAAAAAACCCUUCAGCUGUCAGGUGAGAGAGCUUUGUAGGGAAUAAUUUCUUAGAGCACAGUGUCACUACUUGUAAAACAAUAUUUCAGAAAAAAAAAAUCUAAAAAAUACUACAUUUCCAAAAUCCGUAAUAUUUUUACCUGGUGAGAUCAAGCUAUUCUUCUUGAACGUCUGCUUUUUAUUUUCUUCAGAUGUACCUGUAUGAUUAAAUGCACCUGUACCUCCUGGGAGAAAAGUACUAAAGUACUUUUUCUGAUAACUACUGUCCUAGCACUUUAAAUAAAAGUUUCAGUUUUCCUCAGUGUAGCUGGUGAAAGACAACAAAAAUUAUUUAUUUCCUUCAGGAGCAAAUAUUGUUAUUUUCAUUGCUAAUAAAAAGAUGAAGCCUAACUAUAGCCAUGUAACAGGCUAUCUUUGUCUUUUUCUCUUUCUGUAGGUAGAUAGAUACACACAUACAUCAUUUAUUUCUUUAUACCUGUAUUUUUUUAUGUUUAUUAAAAUAAUAUUCUUGUUGAGAUUAUAACAGGGUUUAGAUUAAUCUAUUAAAAAUUUCAGAUUAAACUGAGUAUUUCCAUAGCAUCUUCUCAGAGGCAUGCAUUAAAAUGGUUGAAGUUAUCUCUGAUUAGGGUUUAUUUUAAGUUUAAUUCUACUCUGAAAUAAUUGUGUAAACAUGAAUCUUAUUCAGCAAACGGUGCUUUUUUCCAUGUGCUCUGAGUCACAACCGAUUAUAAUAGAAAUAAUAAUUUUUUAAAAAGACUGAAAAGCUAAUGUAGCUCUAGUAAAACUCUUGCAAAUCUCAGAAAGUUAUAAAUAAAGUUCUAAUUCCUAAUUCUUUCUUCCUGGUGAUGCAUGAACAAAAUAGCUGGGUUGACAGAUUUUGCCAAACAAAAUUUACGUCUGGCAGUUGAAAACUGUAUUUUUUACUUUAUUUUGGAACUUGUAAAUGUGAAAUGCAAUAGACAAUAUACCUGGUACCCCACGAAGCUCUUUUACCAGCUCACAUUGAAGAGGAAUAACAUGCUGAGCUUCUGUGGUUGGGAGGACUUGGUCGAUGCAUCUCAUCACCCCUUACAGAGCAGAGAACUGUGCUAAGAUCACCUGCUGUGCAUGCCUAAUGUAGGUGUCUCAACUAAGUGUCUCCAGGUUUGUCAGGCAGUCUAAAUUAAUUGUUAGUCUCUUGAACUUAAGUCACAUGGAGGUUUUUCUCAGUGGCAAUUUCUGAUUUUCUUGCUUCUCUUCAACAUCACACUCUCUUAAACAAGAGUUUACAGGACCAUGCAGUGAAACUGGUCGGGGUGUUUCUGACCCAAAGGAUCUCCUUGAUCCAGUUCACCUCGCACCUCCAGAUAACAGCACUGGUACAACAGAUGAGGUGGCCAUAGCUCUCAUGGCAGUUUAGUCACACAUUUAUAGCAAGUGGACACAAUGCUAGGUACAACAAAACAUUUAACAACAUAAGCACAUAAUGCAAAAAAAAAAUAAAAAUAAAAUCAUAGUUACACCUUGUGCAGGGAUGCAUACUUCAGUAUCUGAAGCAGGAUAUGACCAUUAAAAAAAUAAUAGCAAAGUAUGAUUUUUUUCAUACAUAUACCACACAUGAAAGACUGUGACAGAUCUCUGUUGACAACGGGCAAAAACAUACUGCCCAAGACAUACAUCAGUAUACCUUACCCUGACCCAUUUCCCUUUCUUUGUUCCCUAUAGCUGUGCCUGUAGGGGAUUGGGGUUUUUUAUAGUAGGAGAAUGUGCUUUCCUGUUUCUUGUGUUUAAUUUAUUGAUAAAUAUAGCUAACACCUUUGUGCUGGCUGUUAAAAAUAUUUUUCAUGUCUGUUCACAUUCCUACUUUUUGGCAGACAGGAAUGUUUGUGAAAUCCUUAACUUUCACCCUUUUUAUUUUUAAAAAGAACAGAGGUUUGUCAAGUAAAACAAAAUAGGGGAUACCAGGCCUUCAAAAAGUAAAAAGCAACAUGAUCCUGAAGAAUAAAUGUCAUGUAUUCUUUACUAUGCUAACAAAAAUAUUGCAUUUAUAAUUUCAGAGCAUUGAUAGGUCUGGAAAUUAGUGCAUGGGCCAGGUUCUUCUUUUAGAAAUUUGUGAUACUACUGAAUUCCAUAGAUAUAACUGCAAACAUAGCUUAGCUUUUUAUUAUCUACAUGCAAAACCGAACUGAUAUAUUUAAUACAAUAAGAUUGUUUUCAAAAAGGCAUCAGAACAUUACAGGUAAUAGCACUUUGUAUUUCUCUGCUCUAUACUGGUUAUGUGUAUACAAUGAUAAAUAAAAAAUAAUUUAGCAAAUAAAAAUGUAUAUUGUGAACAAUUAUCUAUAUGACUCUAAGGGAAAAAUAUCAUGUAUUUUCCUAUGAAAUGUGUGACUUGAUGAUAAAAUUUUUACCGUUUUAGUAAUCUAAACAGCAAGGAUAAGACAAAACUACUUGUGCUUAAAUAUGUAAGUAGACUUGCA